AUGUUUACCGGUCUCAUUGAAACUAUUGGAACUGUUACCGAGUACGUCAAACAAGACAGCUCCUCUUCCGGAGGCAACGGGGUUUCCAUCUCCAUAACAGACUGUUCACCCAUUUUAGAAGAUGUCCAUCUUGGUGAUUCAAUCUCAACCAAUGGUGUUUGCUUGACUGUGACAGACUUUGAUGCGGCCAAGACUUACUUCAAAGUAGGAGUGGCUCCUGAAACUUUGCGCAAGACCAACUUGGGCUCACUAUCUAAAGGCUCAAGAGUGAACUUAGAACGAGCAGUGACAAGCGAUGUUAGGUUGGGAGGUCACGUUGUGCAGGGUCACGUUGAUACCAUUGCCACAAUCGUUGGAAAAAAGCCCGAUGGAAACGCAAUUACAUUCACUUUUGAACUAAGAGACAAGGAGUUUAUCAAUUAUAUUGUGCACAAGGGAUUCAUUGCUAUUGAUGGAACUUCAUUGACUGUAACUUCAGUCACUGACUCAAAAGCUCAGUUCUCAAUCAUGUUGAUUAGCUAUAGUCAGGAAAAAGUCAUCUUGGCAAAGAAAGAAGUGGGCGACACGGUCAAUAUUGAAGUAGACCUUACAGGUAAGCUCAUUGAAAAGCAAGUUGAACUCAAUUUAAAGUCACAAAUAGAUAAACAAGACAGUGCAUUGAAUGCGUUGAUUACUUCCAUAGUUGAAAAGAAGGUGAAGCAGUUGAUCAAGUAA